ACUAACACGGUCUGUUUGUACUCUCCAUUGUCCAUCCUCACUUCGACUGCUCAUGCACUUCGCUUCGUCCUCUUUGAACCCAAUUACCCGACUGUGCUCACUACGAUAACAAAACUUGAACUGCUCUUUCGGCUGACCCCGACAAUGUCUCUUCUACUGCCUCGUGCGCUCUAUUUUUAUGGGAACUCCUUGCGUCUUGCUUGUUUUCUGUUUCUUGUUUUUGCCCAUUUUCUUCCUGGUUAUCCGUUCCUAUCCUGAAUUGCAUUCCCUUGUCUGUUUCUGUUUUUACGUUGGCCUGUGUAUUCUUCGUUCCUUGUGCUACUUUUGAUUCAUUAUUUUCCGUCUUCCUACUUCUCUUGCCUCGCGACCGGUUAUUUGUCUCUAAUCUAUCCUUGCUCGAUGUCUUCGACACCUCCCAGUUUUGACAAUAUCAACGACGAACUGGAAUAUUACAAGAAGCAUGCAGAGACACUUGAAAUAGACCUGGCAGAAACUAGAUACGCCCUUGAGGAAUUCCAACUCUCGUCCAAGGAGCUUGAAGAGGAGCUGGAGAAGGAGAUCGAUUCGACAGAGCGACGAUACAAUGAGAUCAAGAUUCGCAACGAAUCCCAGAGACAAGAAGUAGAAGAGUGGAAGGAAAAAUAUCAUCAGGCCUUGAAGGAUUCCAAUGUGACUAUCAAUCAAUUGACGCGCCAACUCGAGGAGUCGAGACAGCAGACAGAGAUGUUUAUCAAAAAGGAACGGGAACUGGAACAGAACAACGACGACCUGGAGCGUACUGGAAGGGCUACGCAAUGGUCACUGCAAGAAACGGAGAGAAAGUACAAUGUUACUUUGGAAAAGGUGGCAAUGAUGGAAAACGAAGUGGCUGCCAAGGCUGUAUUGACCGAGGAAGUCCAGAGAUUAAAGGAUGAGCUGCGAGAUGCGAAUGUGGAAUUGGCUGUGAUGAGAUCGAAUCAGGCGACACUGGGUGGUUCAGCAGCAAGCGUCAGCUCUAUCACUGGAAGCACAACUUCCCUUUCAGAACGGGAGCGUAAGUUAUCUGCCAUUGGAAGCCACGAAGCCAUGCCCUCAAUCCGCGCAAGAUUGGCCAAGAGUGGUGCAUCACGUUCCCCAAGCAUGGUGCGCUCGGCAGCCGGAGGGCCCAAUGGUACAUCGGGAUUCUCAACGCCGCAUCAGAACCCUGUCCAAAUGGUCCAGGAAAUGGUUGGACGCGUCAAGUCCCUGGAAGCACGACUGGUCUCAUGCCGUUCUUUGGUUACCCCUCUCCUGCAACCACCACCCUCGUAUUCGACGACAGUCCCACCCUCUUCUCGAUCCUCACCACAUAAUAGCCAAUCAGGAUCACGGCCAGGAUCACGGUCAGGAUCACCGAACAAGUCAUCUUUGAGCUCCAAAGUCAAUAGAAGAUCGUCAUCCAUGAUGCAUCAGCAGCAACGGUCCAUGAGCGGCUCCUCUGGCAUGAUCACAUCCUAAAUGUCAAAUGGAGUCCGACAAGUUGGAGGAAUCGAGACGAGAAACGGAGGACGAGGAGCAGGAAGGCGCCCAUCGAUUCGCGGCCAGUUAUUGUAAUUGAAUCGUACAUUUGCAUCUAUAUCUUUCCUUUUUUAUGUUUUCGCCAAAUUGUGGCUACAUCCACAGUAGCCCCCUUCGACUUUCCAUUGCUGGCCGGGCCAUGCUGAGAGCAAUCGAAGAAAGAAGCGAAUAGUAUAACAUUUUAAAGUACCCUUUCACGCCAAACGACAUGCAUAACGUAGCAAAAAAUGAAAAAGAAUCCUUUGUAAGCAGCAAAAACAACAAAAACAGCAAAUAACAAUAAAAAAACCAAUAAAGAAGUAUCCCAAUAUGACGAG